AUGACUUUAAUACCGAGUUCUAAUCCAACAGCAUCAAAAGCACAAUUUAGUUUAAAAUUCGACCAAUUACCAUCACCAACUAUUUCAGCUGCAGCAUCAACAGGAGCUUCUUCAACAUCACUUUCAGCCAUGUCAAACAUUUCCAACAGCUCAUCUAUGACAUCAUCCGAUGUGUCUCCGGGAGAAUCCCUAAAGCUCGUUAUCGUUUGUGUUGGUCUUCCAGCAAGGGGAAAAUCCUAUAUUACAAAAAAGCUCCAGCGAUAUUUCAACUGGUCCCAAUUCAAUACGAAGAUAUUCAAUGUCGGUAAUACUAGGCGUGAAAAGCAUACAGGACCAAGUGAAGUGCCUGUUCUAGGACCAAUAUCGAACAAUUGCAAUACCGCACCAAAGAAGCAGGAAAAAAGCACAGAGAACAAACAUAAAGGGACCUCCACAACACAUGAUGCCAGCUUUUUUGACUCACGCAACAAGGGAAAUCUCAAACUGAGGGAAAAAUGGGCAAAAGAGACCUUGAACAGGCUUCUGGAUUAUCUUCAGUAUGAAGACGGAAACGUUGGAAUAUUUGAUGCAACCAACACAACAAAGAACCGCCGUAAGUGGAUUGUGGAAACAGUCACGAGUCGAAUGAAGGGCUCGGCAAAGAUUCUCUUUUUGGAAAGCAUAUGCACGGAUGGUGAACUUAUUGAAAAGAACAUCCACUUGAAGCUUAUGGGUCCGGACUACCGAUCCAUGAAGCCCAAACUUGCAUUAGAGGACUUUAGAAAUAGGCUGAGAAACUAUGAGAGUGUGUAUGAAACAAUCGAUGAAAUAGAGGAGAUGGAAAAUCAGAAAUAUGAUGUGCAGUACGUGAAAAUCAUCAAUGCAGGCAAGAAGAUCACAUCGUAUAACAUCAGCGGCUAUCUAUCUUCGCAGUGCGUGUUCUUUUUGCUCAACUUCAACCUCACCGAUCGUCAAAUAUGGCUUACUCCAAAUGGAGAGACUGAAGAUGAUGUUCAGCAUAUAAUAGGGGGAGAUUCGGACUUAUCCACAAAUGGUUGGAAGUUUGCGAAAGCACUUCCAAAGUUUAUUGCCAGAAAAAGACAGGAAUUCAAUCUUAGACAACUCAACAAGCAAUUUGUCAAGAAUUCGGACUUCUUUUCGUUCCAUAACGGGCCACAUAUUGAGCAGAAAUUCAACGUGUGGACAUCCACCUUGAAAAGAACAAACGAAACAGCCCAGUAUUUUUCGCAUAACGAGUACCAGAUGAAAUCUUUCCGAAUGCUGAAUGAUAUUUGUUACGGGUCUUUAGAUUCAUCAAAAGACUAUGACUUUAGAAUAGAUCACUUUGACGAGUACUACAAUAUGAUUCAAAACAAGCUCAGUUACAGGUUUCCUGGACUUGGCGGAGAGUCAUACUUGGAUCUUAUCUCUCGACUAAGACCGAUCAUCAUCGAAUUGGAAAGAUGCAAAGAGCACGUACUACUUAUAUCACACCGUGUUGUGAUUAGAGUCUUACUUUGUUAUUUCAUGGACCUCAGUAAGGAGAUGCUAACAGAGUUAGACGUGCAUCAUGGCUAUAUCUACUGUAUUGAGCCCAAACCUUAUGGCCUGGAUUUGAAAAUUUGGCAGUAUGAUGAGACCACGGAUGAUUUUUAUGAGGUUGAUGAAAUAGAGCUUAUGAAGAGGAAAAGAAAGAGAUUGUCACUCUCUGUGGACAACGAGUAUAAACCAGUUUUGAAGUCAUGCAAUUCUAAUGCCGCUGUUGAUGAAAGUUAUGCCAGUGAUGAUGAAACCAAAAUUCAGAAAGAGCCGUCGAUUACUGAUAUUAAGCAGUAUCAGAAGGUUUUCUGUGAGAGAUCCGACUCCCAAUGUUACGAAUUUAUGCACAGUAACACUGGGAAAGAGUGCUCUGAAAAGAGCAAUGUUGAGAAGAAUUCAGAUGCAAAGUCCAUUUCUGAUAAGCCAUUGGAGAAAGCAAUCAACACGCCGGACGUUCAAGAUAAGCUAGAUAAGCAGAUCAGCUCAAUUCUGGCUAACAAGGAAUUGGUCUCCAGACUAAGGGAGCUUCUUAUAUAG